CGCCCGGCCGGUGACGUGACCUGCAUGUGGGCGGGCCCAGGCUCGCCGCCGGGAUCCCCUCGGGUCGCAGUCGGAGGGUGGCAGCCGUGGCGUAGCCGGCCCGGGGCGGGAGGGCCGGGAAGCCGCCGCCUCCGAUGCCCGUUCGUCCGCCUUCCGGGAGCGGCACCCGCAGGCAGUGAGGCUGCGGACUUCAGCAGACGGGGAGAUGAGAAAAACGCCGGGCAAUGGGAAUCUGAAGAUGACGAAAGUGGCGUACCCCCUGGGGCUGUUCGUGUGCCUGUUCAUUUACGUCGCCUACAUCAAAUGGCACUGGGCCUCGGCCACCCAGGCCUUCCUCAGCAUCACCGAGGCAGCCGCUGGGGCUCGGAGGGGCCAGCCCGCCCGCAGUGCCCCCGGGACCGCCACACGGGGCCCCCGGGUCUUCUACGGGAUCAUGUUCGACGCAGGGAGCACCGGCACCCGCGUGCACAUCUUCCAGUUUGCCCAGCAGCCUGGAGAAACUCCUACCUUGACACACGAAACCUUCAGAGCACUGAAGCCAGGCCUUUCUGCUUAUGCCGAUGACGUGGAAAAGAGCACCGAGGGGAUCCAGGAGCUGCUGGACGUUGCCAAACAAGAAAUCCCUUUUGACUUCUGGAAGGCCACGCCUGUGGUGCUCAAGGCAACCGCCGGUCUGCGCCUCUUACCGGGAGAAAAGGCCCAGAAGCUGUUGCAAAAAGUGAAAGAAGUAUUUGAGGCUUCACCUUUCCUUGUCCGGGACAACUGUGUUUCCAUCAUGAACGGCACAGAUGAAGGCGUUUCUGCGUGGAUCACGGUCAACUUCCUCACAGGCAGCCUGAAAGCGCCCGGAAGGAGCGUCGGCAUGCUGGACUUGGGCGGGGGGUCCACCCAGAUCACCUUCCUCCCCAGGGCCGAGGGCACCCUGCAGUUCUCCCCAGCCGGCUACAUGACGUCGUUCCAGAUGUUCAACCGAACCUACAAGCUCUAUUCCUACAGCUACCUGGGGCUCGGAUUGAUGUCGGCGCGGCUGGCAAUCCUGGGAGGCAUGGAAGGGAGGCCUGCUCAGGACGGAAGGGAGCUUGUCAGCCCUUGCUUGGCCCCCAGUUUCCGAGGAGAGUGGGAACAUGCUGAGGUGACGUACAGAGUCGCAGGACAAAAGGCAGCGGGCCUCUACGAGCUGUGCGCCAGCCGGGUGGCAGAGGUCCUCCGAGAUAAAGUACACACCACAGAAGAGGUGAAGGACUUGGACUUCUACGCUUUUUCCUACUACUAUGACCUCGCUGCCAGUGUCAGCCUCAUAGAUGCUGAGAAAGGAGGCAGCCUGGUGGUCGGGGACUUCGAGGUCGCAGCCAAGUACAUGUGCCGGACGAUGGAGUUCCGCCCACAGAACGCCCCCUUCGUGUGCAUGGAUCUCACCUACAUCAGCUUCCUGCUUCAGGGGCUCGGGUUUCCCAGGGACAAGGAGCUGAAGCUGACACGGAAGAUCGACAAUGUUGAGACCAGCUGGGCCCUGGGCGCCAUCUUUCAUUACAUUGACUCCCUGAGCCGACAGAAGAGCUCAGCCUCGUAGCAGCCCGGCUCCUCGAUGGGGUGUCCUGUCCCCGAGCUGCCCCACUCCCGGCCCCCAGCCCAUAUGGCGGGACACUUGGAUUUACCCCGAAGCAUCCUCUCAAAAUGGCAACAUUCUCCCUGGGAGCAGCCUCUGUCCCAGUCCGUCACUUGGCCCCACAGUGCUGUGAUCUCAUCCUUGACUUGACCAUUGAUGUGCCAGAGGAUGCCUACAGCCCAGGCCCCGGGGGCCUGCACGCCCUCCUCCCUCUGCAGGCUGUGGGGUCCCCUGUGCAGAUUUCCUAGACCUUGUGGGUUCUCAGUGUCACAGGCCUGGCCUGUGCCUUAGCAUCACCUGUGCAGCAUGGAGCUGCACCCCAUGUGACCCGGGGGGGCAGGGAUAGAGUGGAGCCCCCAGCCCAGAUGCCUCUGUCUACCUGCCUUGACGCCAUGAGCUGCUGUGUGCAAGCCGCAAGCCCUGCUGGGAGCUCCCCACCACGGCCCUCCGUCCGCAGGGUGCUCCUGCUGGGACGGCUGCGUCUGCGGUUUCUUCCCCAGGGAGCCAAGCUCGACCUUCGGGGAGCAGCUGUAUUGGUGGCCCUGCUGCUCUUGGGGAGAGUCGGGUGGGAACAGGGCGCCCCAGGACUGCCAGCUCUCCGGAGGUGGGUGUCACUGGGAGCUCUCGAACUGACUGUGUUCGGCUUUUCCUUGAGAGUGGACAUGUGAGAUGACCUGAGUCUGUUUUCCUCGAACCCUUGGGUGGUUUGGUUUGGGGUUCACUGACAGAGUCGUCCCUACGAAUGGUUACAUGCUCCCCAAGGAAGAGGGGCUGGGGACAGCACCUCCUCACUCACCCAGGCACCCCAGCCCUUCCACAAGCCUUGAAACACAAGCCAGAUGCUGAGAGCUCCUUACUGUACAUGUGUUUAGAGCUGUGGGACCUCAGCUCCCGGGUCUCUGAGUGACGUCUGUGUAGUGUGGGUACUUGUGUAAAACUGUUCUGAGCCCUCCCAGUCUGUCCCCAAUUCCUCAUCUAGUGAAUGUAUUGCUACCCUGAGCCAAGGCCACAGCCGGAGGGUACGGCGGCCCAACGGGUAGAGCUGCGGCCCCAGGACCCCUGCUGUCUGUCCGUCCACAGCGGGAGACGUCCGGGUCGUGAUGAGCUCUGUGAAUGUACAGGAAUUGGAAUAAGCUGGGCCUGUGUGCUCCACUCCAAUAAAGGUUUACAAGGUU